AUGGCGAAAGACAAGGACGACCCAGACUUAUCGCCGACAUCUGCAGCCUUAGGCGGCAGUGGCAGCCACCAGAAAACAGACCCGUCUCCCGACACCAACGCGCCUGAGACGGUGUCUGCUGAGAAACCAGCCAUGCCAAAAGCCAACGUCGACAAGCCAGGGGCCGUGACCGGCGGUGAUGAUCAUCCAGGCCCGCAAGACAAAUCUUCUCCGUCAUCCUCUGAUGCCGCCACGCCAAACACGUUGUCAUCUGACGAGCAGCCCAAGACACAGCCUCAAAGCGACAUGGAGACCUCUUCCGAGCCUGAGGAAUUAAUCGUCCCGUCGACCCGAGUCAAGAAGCAAACGAGAUGGACGAUGAUUACGGAACCAGAUCCUGGAGCACUCCACCCUGACCUUGACUUCACGGACCGAAACACCUUGACCCGUGUCCUUGCGCUGCUCCAGAACGGCUGGGUUCUAGCUCGCGGUCGUGGUCCCAGGAACCAUGACACCUGCCUUUGGUGUCGCGGACCCAUCGAGUCCGACGUCGAUAUCCUCACCCACGUCGGGGCGGACAACGGGUCCAAGUGUAGGAACUCUUGGCCGGCAGCCUGUCUCAUGGACUGGAUUCAUCAAGAGCUUGACACGGCGAACGGCCACAAGCUGAAGUGUCCUAUGUGCUCAGCGGAAUUCUGCAGCUCUGGGACCAAAUCCGCGCACGAUUUCAAGGCCGAUCAAGGCAAUUCAGACCCUGACAGUCUUCGGGACGCGGCCUGGUUGAGAGUUGUGCUGUUUAGUCCUCUGUUUGCCCGAGAAGCUGCCCUCAAAGAAGGAAAGCAACUCAUUUUCAUGCAAGGAGCCGAAGCGAAGAAACUGGUCUUUCUAGGCCAAAACAAGGUUGUUUUCUCCCAGUGCGAAGGUCUUCUUGAUCCCGUCGAGGCGGAGAACAAGAGGCGGUGGCUCAAGAGGCAAUAUGGUGACAACCUCCCGUGGAACGUCGAGAAACUGACCGAGAUGGGAAUUGCCCAGUCGGAAGCAACGGCCAUCAUGCACGCCUACACACAGAGCGCUGCCAGCCCUUCGACGCGCCUCGAUGACGACCCUCUGGAGCUGCAACCUCGAUUUGACACAACCUGGGUUAUGAUGGACCGCGGAAAUAACCAGUUCAUCAUGUCCCCAUUCCUGACCGAGCAAGCUCACAAUGUGAUCCGGCUCCCAGUGCAACUUGGACACGGCGUCAUCAACGACAUGACUGCGGCGGAGUUUAAGGCCUUGGCGAAGAAGAACGGCGGUUUGCUGGCGGCCAUCAAGGGGUUCGAUGCCACCAAGGACGAGGACUUUAAGCGGCAUAGAGUGUCUGCGGAAGCAUGGAUUCAACACUUGCUUGCUAAGAACAAGCGAGACGGGGUUGCCGGGCCCAAGUAUGAGUUCUGGAAGCGAGUCAAGGACGCCCAUGAUGUCAACCUUGAUUUCAGUCUAGCCGCAGGAGAGAAAGGUGAAGGGGAUCACGACGACGAGUGGGAGGAUGAUGACGACAAUGAUGACAUUGAGUAG